CCCUCCCCCUCUCCCGCACUGCUCAUGGAGCCGUCGGAACUCCCCGCCAACCCCGCCACCACGCACCGCGCCCCAUCGCAGAGAGGGAAACAUUGAAAAGGAGUCGACUCCCGAAAUCGUUCGAGCAAAUUGCGCGUUGGCCGAAAUCGAUCGUCCGUGAGGGAAUCGCCCCGUCGCCUGCGGCUCCGCUGAUCGCGGCGCCAUGGCCACCAGCAGCAGCAUCAACCCCUUCCUCAGCGACUCGGACGACUCGGACAACGACUCAGACGGCGGCGGAGGAGGCGGAGGAGGAGGCGGAGGAGGAGCGGGGUCCAGGAUCCCUCGAGCUCCCGCCUCGGAACCCGCUCAGCAGAGCCCCGCGUCCCGCGUCAAGAGGCCCUCUUCUCCCGCUUCGCCGAUCUCCCCUCAGCAGCAGCAGCGGCAGCAGCAGCAGCAGCAUCAUCGGUCGCCUCCACCGUCCGCCUUCUCGGCCGCCUCCUCCUUCUCGGGCUCCUGCCCCGCCGCCGCCGCCGCCGCCGCCCCCUGGCACUGCGACCCCGGCGAGCUGGCGGGUCGCGGCGGCCUCCCCCCCGUCUCGCUGGACGCGCUCGCCGAGCGGCUCCUGCAGGAGCAGCUGCUGCUCACCGCUCUCGAGCUGCACACGGAGAUGGCGGAGAGCGGCCGCGAGCUGCCCCGGCUGCGCGACUUCUUCUCCAACCCGGGCAACUUCGAGCGCCCUCCCGCGGGGCCCCCCGCCACCGCUUUCGCGAGGGACGCGGGCGGCCUACUGCCAGCAGCAGCAGCGGCAGCACCGGGGGUGCUCAACCGUGCCGGCAGCGCCAGCACGCUGGACUCGCUGGAUUUCACUCGCUACUCGGACGACGGAGGCCGCGAGACGGAGGAGCGCGUGGCCGUGUUGGAGUUUGAGCUGCGGAAAGCCCACGAGACGAUUCACGCGCUGCGCGCCAACCUCACCGAGCAGGCGGCAGAUUCGGAGCUCCCUGCGGCGGAACCGGCAAACUACAGCCGGGAGGCGGCGGUGCAGGAGCCGAUUCGGCCGCUGGAGAAGAGGGCGCUCAACUUCCUGGUGAACGAGUUUCUGCUGAAGAACAAUUGCAAGCUGAGCUCCAUCACCUUCUCUGAUGAGAACGACGACCAGGAUUUCGACGACUGGGACGACGUGGGGCUCAACGUGUCCAAGCCGGCCGACCUCCUCUCGCUCUACCGCGAGUGCGUGGCGCGGCACGGCAGCGCCGCCACCGCAGAUGCCAGCGUGGGCCCCGCGGAGGAACCCGGCCACACCGACGCCGUGGGUUCCGUGGCGCUCAUCAAGGAGCUGCAGGGGAGGAUCGGAACCCUGGACCGAGAGAACCAGAGCCUGACGGCGCACAUCCGCAAACUCGAGAGGGACCUGGAGGCCUUGCAGAGCCCCCACGAGUGGAGCCCGGCCCCCAGCCCACGAGGAGCUAUGGGGGAUCACAGUGGCGGGGAGGCGGUGGACCCCCGUGAUGAGCAGCCGCCGACCGAGCGACCGGACACUCGUGCCAAGCUCUCGGGGAGGUCGGAGGUCACGGGCCAGGGGUCGGAGGGCGCGACCUCCUCUCAGACGGGCGCUCCGGUCGCUCCGGUGGCGGCGGCGGCGAGCGGGCCGGAGGGAGUUGGGGACCGUGGGAACGGGGGGCCGAGGGUGGACCCCCAAGUCGUCUUCGACAAACCCGACCGGAAGCUGCCCCCCGCGUUCCACCAGGCCCUCCUCUCCGUGUGCCGCACGGCGCCCGCCUCCCGGCUCAGCUCCGAGGUGUCUCAGAUCCCCGGGACGGAGCGGGGGGCCCUGCUGAUGCUGAGUCGCUGCCUCCCACACAUCGUGCCUAACGUGCUGCUCGCCAAGCGCGAGGAGCUGAUCCCCCUCAUCCUCUGCACCGCGUUCCUCCACCCCGACCACAAGGAGCGCGAUCGCCUCCUCCACAUCCUCUUCAACCUCAUCAAGAGGCCCGACGAGCAACAGAGGCGGAUGAUCCUGACGGGCUGCCUGGCGUUUGCGGUGCACGCCGGCCCCACCAGGGUGGAGUCCGAGCUGCUGCCACAGUGCUGGGAGCAGAUUAACCACAAGUACCCGGAGCGGCGUCUGCUGGUGGCGGAGGCGUGCGGUGCGCUGGCCCCCUACCUCCCGCGAGUUAUCCGCAGCUCGCUGGUGCUGUCCAUGCUGCAGCAGAUGCUGAUGGACGACAAGACGGACGUGGUGCGGGAGGCGGUGAUCAAGAGCCUCGGCGUGCUCAUGGGCUACAUGGACGACCCCGACAAGUACCCACAGGGCUUCGAGCUACUGAUGAUGGCACUGGGCGACCCGGCGGAGCGCGUGGUGUCCGCCACGCACCAGGUCUUCCUGCCGGCGUUCGCAGCGUGGGCCAUGGAGCUGGGAGAGCUGGAGCCGCACCUCCUCCACACGCUGCUCAGCCGGAUCGAGACGCUGGUGAGGGAGGCCGAGUACGGUCUGGACGAGCGGCGCUUGCACCUCUACCUCACGGCGCUGCAGUCGCUCAUCCCGCCGCUCUUCGCCCACGCGCUCGUCCACUCGCCCUUCGCCGAGACGGCGAGACAGGGCCCCGCCACCUCGCCCAUUGAGGUGACGCGCUUCCCGCGCCCGGCGUCGCUGCUGCAGGACGUGGCGACGCUGGUGGGGAGCCGCGAGCUCCUGGCGUCGCUGCUGUGCCACUACGAGCACCAGCUGCAGCAAGGUGGCACCACGGGCUGGGCCAGCCUGCUCUGGGUGGUCAACCAGCUGCUGCCGCGGCUCAUCGCCAUGAUGGGAAAGAUCUCGGUGACGUCGGCCGUGAGCGUGCACGAGUUCUCGCGCUUCUUCUGGCGCCUGUGCCGCACGUUCGGCCGCACGUUCACCAACACCAAGGUGAAGCCGCAGUUCCAGGAGCUGCUGCGCCUCUCCGAGGAGCACGUGGAGUCGUUCCCCAACAUGGAGGACCCCAUCCUCACCAAGGCUACGGUGCCCAUCUACGCCACAGGGGUCCUCACCUGCUACAACCAGGAAGAAGACCGCAAGCUACUGACGGGUUUCCUGCAGGACGUGCUCACCACGCUGUCACUCACCUCCUCCCCGCUCGACAGCCUCAAAGCAGCAUUCCUUGAGCUGGGGGCGAACCCCGUGUAUCACGAGUCUCUACUCACGGUGCUGUGGUACGGCGUGGUGCACACCUCGGCACACGUGCGCCGCACCUCCGCCAGCAUGUUCGAGCUGCUGGUGAAGGGAGUGAACGAAACGCUCGUGGCCCAGCGAGUGGUGCCGGCGCUCAUCACGCUCGCCAGCGACCCCGAGAUCUCGGUGCGGAUCGCCACGGUCCCGGCGUUCGGCACCAUCAUGGAGUCGGUGACCCAGAAGGAGCUGCUGGAGCGGGUGAAGAUGCAGCUGUCGUCGUUCCUGGAGGACGCGCAAUACCGCGAUGCGCACGCGCUGCACACCGAGAUCGUGCACUCGUUCGGCCGCGUCGGCCCCAACGCCGAGCCCAAGUUCCGCGACGAGUUCGUGAUCCCGCACCUGCACAAGCUCGCGGCCGCCAACAAUCACCAGCACAACGAGGGCAAGCGCAUGGGCAUGGCGCUGCAGCUCUUCGAGGCGUACUCCGCCCUCUCCUGCUGCUUCAUCUCUGACGAGCUCAUGACGACGCACUUCCUGCCGGGGUUGCGCUGCCUCCGUUGCGACCUCGAGUUCCUCUCCCCGGAGCACGAGGUGAUCGUGGCGACGAUGAUUCGCGAGUGGGAGCUGAAGCUGGAGGCGAAGAGCAGCGCGGACGCGAGCGGCCUCUCGUUUCCGGCCGCACUGGGCUCGGCGGAAGACGCCAAGACCAAGUUCCUGAGCAAGGUCGGGCAGCUGACGACCUCCAGCGUCAUGCUGGCCAACGUCUUCCAGCGCAAGAAGUGACCACACCUCCCCCCUGCGGGACCACGCCCACUUCCUGCGCUCAGCUCCUCCCACGCUCAGCUCCCCCCCCAUCCCCCACCCGCCGGGCCACACCGGCCCCCCGGUAGCCGAGUCUUCUCCUGCCCGUGCCGGUGUGUGGGAUGGUGGUGCUUGUGGUGUGGGGCAGUAUUACCGGUGGUGAUGGUGUGCGAGUGAGUGGUGUGCUGCUGUACGGGUACUGUUUGUGGUGUGUGUGGCUGUUGUGGUACGUGGGUUAAAUCGACGUGGUGGCGGUGGUGCCGGUGGUGACAGGAUGAGAGUUACGGUCGUGUGUGGUGGGGCAGGACUUGGAGUGGUGGCGGGGAAAUAGACAGUGCUGUUUGCUGUGGCGAGAUGUUUUCUACCUCGCCUGUUAUACAGGCGGUCGUGGGUUCGAUCCCGACCCUGAACGCUUAUGUAUUGGAAGUUUGCACGUUAUCUCCCGUGGUCGUGUGGAUUUUUCUCCGGCUUCUGCGGUUUUUCCCUCCACAUUUAGAAACAUGGCCAGGCUGCUUCUGAAAAAAGCUCUUUAGCUCAGUCGGCCUUACCUAGUAAAAUAAAAAUGGUUUAGUUUAGUUAGUAGCUGUCAAUUCCAUUUGGCAGCUGCGGUGGGGCAUGGAGAUGAUCCGAGUCUGGCUGUCGACGUUAUGACGAUGCUGGCUAUGACUGUUGGUUUUUCGCGGUUGUGCUGUGCGGCUCUUAGGGCUGUUGAUCGGCAUGGUACAAGCUGGAGACGGCCCAGGGAGUGGAACGCUUUUGUCUUUCUGUCCGCGUGUCCGUCCGUCUGUCCGUCCGUCACCGGCGCGGUGAGACCGGCGUGCCGCGAGCGGCAAAUACGCAACGGGCAGCACCGUAGCCCCCUGCUUGGGGGGUCUCGACCGCCUUCCCCGGUCCACGGGCGUACAGGCCCCACACGUACACAUUAUUUAUUGGAGCUCGUGUGCAAUUAUAAUGGUACGCCGGUUUAUCGCUUAUUUAUUAUUUAUUCGGUUGAAUGGUUUAUUUUUUUUGCUUCGGUUCCCCCCCCACCACCCUUCGGUGUCACGAGAUGACAGAAGCAGGCGGAGAGCUCGUAGAGCAGCGCAGCGCCAUCGCGUUGGAGAACAGCUCCACGCAAGCGGGUGUCACGGAGCUACCGCCCGAGGCCCCAUUCAGUUGAUCUCUGCUCCCCUCACCGUCGCGUGCGACACUUUCCCAUUAGCCCUGCCACACGCACUAAUAUUCGUCGCAUGACGGGCAACCUGAUGUUUUAAUUCUCACGGCUGCAAUUUAGUCAAAUGAAGUGCCGGUCCAAAUUAAACUUGUUGGGGUCUUGGUCAAGUGAAGAGGCUGUCACGGCUAACGCCACUGAUGCGAGCAGCACCUCGCCAUCGCUUCCUUCUGCCAGAUGCCUCGGAUAUUGCACAGGCGACGCUCAACAUCCGCAGUCUACCCUUAUGGUCUCCCCCCACCGCCUGCAACGUCUGGGUUCCUGUGGGUUCCUGGUGGGCUAGUGUGGGUUCCUGUGGGUUUGUUUGUGUUCCUGUGGGUUCCUAUGAUUUAGUAUGGGUUCCUGUGGGUUUGUUUGGAUUCCCGAAGGGUUCCGGUGGGUUUGUGUGGGUUCCUGUGGGUUCCUGUGGGUUUGUGUGGAUUCCUGUGGGUUUGUUUGGGUUGCUGUGGGUUCCUAUGAUUUAGUAUGGGUUCCUGUGGGUUUGAGUGGGUUCCGAGUGGGGUAGUGUGGGUUUGGUUGGAUUUGUGGGUUCCUGUGGGUUUGUGCGAGUUUGUUUGAGUUGCUGUGGGUUGCUGUGGGUUCCUGUGGGUUAGCGUGAGUUCGUUGGGGUUUGGGACUCUUUUGAGUUCGUGUGGGUCCGUUUGGGUUUCAUGUCAUCGUCAUGAAAGCAAAUGGAAGAUGGCACUGUUAGAAUUGUGCAUUUAUAUCACUUAUGGCUGCCAUUGUAAUGAAUCUUUGUGAAACUGAAUGCCAAUAAUGCAACAUCAGCUUGGGGAUAUUUUACAGCACAAUGCACCUGCAUGCCAAGGUGCGGUACAGCAGCAGUGGGCACGUCUGCUUUGUAAUGAGACGUGAGGCAGCCUAUUCUUGGCAGAGGACGAGAGAGAGGAGUUUAGCUUGGACGGGGGCAGGCAGUCCGCUGCUCGAAUGGCUGGGGGAAGGCAUUUAAAUCGGGCCGAUUUGGCAAUGUCCACGUCUGCAUUGAGACGCGAUCUCCGCUCAAAGCGAAACGGACGCUUCCGCACUCGUCCCACCGAGUUCACGAAAGCCAAGCGACGGUACGCGUGCUGUGCUGCACAUACGUACGCGUGCUGCACAUACGUACGCGUGCUGCACAUACUUACGCGUGCUACACAAACGUACGUGUGUGCGUUGAACUUCUUUUGCGCCGUACGUAGCCAGUCGUGCUAAUCGAAGGUGCGGGGGAAGGACAACCUAAACACACAAAGCAUUUUUAAAGAAAUUAGUUCGCAUUCGAGAUGAUUUAAAAGUGCAUAGCUCACAGUGGCGCUAUAAUAUCAGAAGAGCGUUCCAAGCGGCCGAAGGAAGCGCAUCCGAAAGCGCGCCAUGUGGUGACCGCGUCUUUUUAGUCCGAUGCCCGAUCCAAAAGUCUUUGCUUGAUAAGUCCACCGAGACGCCUGGCGUUUGUACUCGGUGCGGUUUAGCGUUCGCGGGGCUCGGCAGCUGCAGAGGAAUCACAAAAAUCCCUUGGCGCACGUUCGUGUCUCCCCGGUGAGUUAAAGGGGGCCUCUCCGUGUGUGUCUGUACGUAACGCAUCUACGCAUAUGUAUGUACUUGUGUGUGUGUGUGCAUGCGUUUUAUAAUGACCUGCACUGUACAUAUAUUGCUGGUGUAUCCUUGAUUAACUGAGCUGUGAAAAGGUAAACGCAUCGUCAUCGCCAAGAUUCCUCUUGAUCACCAAAGGCCAUCCUGGUCAAUUGCAAUUUGUGGCAAGUUGUGUCGGUGAUUCCAAAGGCAUAUUGAUGUACAUUGUAAUCAGCCCUUCACCAACAAACGUAUUUAUUGCAUGCUCUUUUUAAGAGGUUGAAAUCAUCUUCAGGAAUAUUGUUUGUGUGUGUGUGUGUGCCUGUUUGCGUGCGUGCGUGCGUGCGUUCGUUGUGGGGAGCGGCAACGAGGUGGUUAGUGCACCGGCGCUACGAACCCAGAGACCUGAGCUCGGUUCCCGGCCAUGGAUAACAUCGGUGAAGAAGUAUGGUUGCUAUCUGUCCUGGUUUUCCCACGAUCAUCGUCUUGUUAACGAACCUGUCCUGGGAUACCUGCGAGUCCUCCCAGGACAGUCAUAGUCAUGUUGCGUUGCGAUGCACUGCUUCCUAAAGCAGUGCAUUCACGUAAAGUUCUCCCCUCUCGCGAUUGUGAGAUAUAUUCUCGAUCUUCUCAUGAUCCACCGUGCAUCUUUGAGCACUUAAAAGGUGGCAACCCUUGUGGCGAAUGAUAUCUGAACCGGUCCCAGGCCUCCCCUAGGUCGAGUCGGCCUUAAAGGAGUACCUGGUGCAAUGUGCAAACAUCAGCACUGGAGAGAUAAAGGUGGACAGGGGUGGUGCUGUCCAAAUCACCCCCUAGUGUGUCGUGCUGGCCUUAAUAGGUGCUCGCCAGCAGCACUUGCCCCAUCGCUCUGUUAAAAGGUACAUGGGGUUCUUUGUCUUUUGUGUUGGGGAAAAUGUGGGUUGGUGGUGUUGCAGUGGUUUGUAUACCAUGCCACCAUCUCGGCAACCUAGGUUCAAUUCCGAGGCUCUCACAACAUCUGCGGGAACAACAGUCUGAACAUCUCAACGAACUCUUGGCCUUCCCAAGAUCGACUAAGCCAAACCUCGCUCCCUGGUGUGAUGUAUUCUUUGGCAGCGGGGAGACAAAAGGUGGACCGGCGUGCAUGCUCGAGACACCUUUUGUACUAAUAAAGUAUUAAAGCUUUCGUGACUGCAUAAAUUACUCAUUGUUUUUUUUCGGUAAAGUCACGUAUGUAGAAAUACCAUAAAAUUAUAUUAAAAUAAAUCAAUCACGACGUUUCGACCGCAA